AUGCGGACCGCCUGCAUACUGCUGACGGCGCUGGCCGCCCUGGCCGCCUACUACGUGUACCUGCCGCUGCCCGGCAAUUUGUCGGACCCCUGGAAGCUGAUGCUCCUGGAUGCCACCUUCCGAGCAACGCAGCAGAUGUGUCACCUGAUUGGCUAUCUGAGACUCAGCCAUCACUUGAUAGCUCUGAAUUUUCUCAUUUGCACAUUUGACAAGCUGGAUUUUGCCUCCCACAAAGACAUUAAAAUCACAGAUACUGUUUUUGACGGUGUGGAAGUCAGAGUGUACCAGCCCCCUGCGAAGGAGGACGAAGGGCUCAAGCGCAGCGUUGUUUACAUCCAUGGAGGAGGCUGGGCCUUGGCACGUGCAAAAAUGAGUGCUUACAACAAUCUCUGCAGAAUCAUGGCUGAAUCUCUCAAUGCUGUUGUUGUCUCAGUUGAAUACCGGCUGGUACCAGAGGUGUGCUUCCCCGAGCAGUGGUAUGAUGCUCUCCGUGCUACCAAGCAUUUUUUGCAGCCUGAUGUCUUAGCUGAGUAUUCAGUUGACCCAAGUCGAAUUGCAAUUUCUGGGGACAGUGCAGGAGGCAAUUUGGCAGCUGCUGUGUGUCAGCAGCUUAGCAAAGAUGAGCAUUUGACCAUCAGACCAAAACUGCAGGCCUUAAUUUAUCCAGUCCUUCAGGCAUUUGACUUCAGUACUCCUUCUUAUCAGCAGAACAUGAAUAUACCUAUUCUUCGUCGUACUGUCAUGAUUGACUAUUGGACCUAUUAUUUAAAUGCUAAUUCUGACUUGACUCCCUCACUGCUGAUUAACAACCACACUGCUCUUGACGUUGGCCAAGCUGCCUCUUUCAGAGAGCGCCUGAACUGGACAUCUCUACUGCCUUCGUCGUUCAAAAAGACCUACAAGCCUGUAAUACAGACCACAGGCAAGGCUGAGAUCAUGCAGGAGGUGCCAGCGCUGCUUGACGUACGAGCAGCCCCGCUCCUCGCAGAAGAUGAGACUCUGCAGCUGCAGCCAAAGACUUACAUCCUGAUCUGUGAGAACGACGUCCUGCGAGACGAUGGGAUGAUGUACGCCAAGCGCCUGGAGAAGGCCGGCGUGGAAGUCACCCUCGAUCACUUUGAAGACUGCUUUCAUGGCUGUAUGAUAUUCACCAGCUGGCCUGCGGACUUCUCCGCGGGCGUUCAGACCAGGGACAGCUACAUAAAAUGGCUGGAUGAAAACCUCUGAAGAGACAGUCGCGCUGGAAGACACAGGGUGGGCAGCUCUGGUGUCUGUAUUUGCU